ACGCAGACUUCUCCUGGUUCAAGCUUAGCUAAGAGAAACCAAGUCCUCAGUAACAUGAGGGGAAGAGAUUAGAAAGAUGGGCUUGAUUCAGCUAUUUCAGCUGGAAAUUUGGUAGCUGUUGCUUGAAAGUUGAAAGUCCGUUCUUUUUUUCUUCUAGAGAAAGUUGCUAUCAUUUGAUCCAUCAGAGUUUCAAAAAAAAAGUAAGAUACAAAGCCAGAAAGGAGGAAAGUUUAGACAAAGAGAAGCUCAACUCAGUCAGUCUUCUUCUUCUCAAUUCACUUCUAUGUGUGUGUGGAUUAGGAUUUGAGUAAAGCGAAUUUAGAUAUGAAUCCAGUUACUGCUCAUGGCCGCCCUCUUCCCCCUCCUUUUCACACAAGAGAUAUUCAUCUACAGCCACACCAACAGUUUCAACACUCUUACCAACAAAAUUCUGAUGAUGAACAAAACGGUAACGGAAGCUUAAACCGUGGCCAAAAACGGGAUCGUGAUGAAAACAACACCACCCCCACAAACAUAAUUGAAGACAAAGACGAUCUAGCUAUGGUCCCUGGAGGAGAAGGAGAAAUCACUAGAAGACCCCGAGGCAGACCAGCCGGCUCAAAAAACAAGCCUAGGCCACCCAUCAUCAUAACCCGUGAUAGCGCAAAUGCUCUCCGAUCUCAUGUCAUGGAAAUCGCCAACGGCUGUGAUAUAAUGGAAAGUGUAUCAACAUUUGCUUUGCGAAGACAAAGAGGGAUUUGCAUUCUGAGCGGUAGUGGUACUGUAACUAAUGUAACUCUAAGGCAACCUGCUGCACCCGGUGCAGUCGUGACCUUACAUGGUAGAUUCGAGAUUUUAUCACUUGCAGGGUCUUUUUUACCGCCUCCUGCGCCACCGGCUGCUUCAGGACUCACUAUAUAUUUAGCCGGAGGUCAAGGCCAAGUGGUGGGGGGAAGCGUUGUAGGCCCACUUCUUGCAUCAGGUCCAGUGGUGAUUAUGGCGGCUUCUUUUGGUAAUGCGGCCUAUGAGAGGCUUCCUCUAGAAGAGGAAGAGGCACCAGUGGGGUCCAUGCCCGGGAGUAGGCCCCUAGGGUCACCGGAACUUGUGGGGCAACAGCCACCAGAGCAGCAGCCACAACAGCUACAGCAAUUAAUGCAAGAUCCUAAUGCUUCUUUCAUUCAUGGCUUACCACCAAAUCUACUAAAUUCUGUGCAGUUACCAGCUGAGGCCUAUUGGGGCACAGGCCGUCCUUCAUUUUAAUGCCAAAAAAACUAUGCUUCUUCUUCUUCUUUUCUUUCUUUGUCUUUGUUUGACGUCUUAAAUCACCUUUCAUUCUUCUUCUUCCAUAAGUUAGUUUAUGUUUAAGAUGUUGACCUUGGGAACUCAUCUACCUUUUAUCGAAGAAGGAUGUACAAAUUAAUGAUUUUUUUUUUUUUUUUUGGUUUUUGCUUUUAAUAGUGCCCUUUUCUGGUCAUUCCAACUCAUGAUAUUUUUAGCAAAAGAUGAAAAAUCAUUGAUGAUUUGUUAUCUUUAAAUCUCUUUUAACAGCAGUUUUAGUAAUUUGUUUGACAAUGAUCUUUCAGUUUUCUCUGAAAAAAGAGGAAAAGCAACCACCUUG